AUGAACAGGAAAGCACACCAGAGAGAUACCAUGGGGCAGACAGUGAAAGAAGAGUCAAUGGAUGUAAAGAAGGAGAAUCAAGAGAGAGCUCCUCAAUCAGGCACAUCUUCUGUGCAAAAUGAUGAUUUUCAAUGGGAAAAAUAUUUGGAAGAGACUGGAUCUUUAAGUGCUCCUUCAGAGUAUUUUAGACAGUCUAAGAUUCCGCCAGCUAAUGACUUCAAAGUUGGCAUGAAGUUGGAAGCCCAUGACCCUCGCAAUAAGACUUCAGUAUGUAUUGCUACAGUUGUUGGAGUUACAGGUGCCAGGCUGCGUUUAAGAUUGGAUGGUAGUGAUAACCAAAAUGACUUUUGGCGGCUUGUUGAUUCUCCAGACAUACAGCCUGUUGGGACAUGUGAAAAGGAAGGGGACUUACUUCAGCCUCCGCUGGGGUACCAGAUGAACACAUCAUCUUGGCCAAUGUUCCUCUUGCGAACACUGAAUGGAUCUGAAAUGGCACCUGCAGCAUUCUUUAAGAAGGAACCACCAAAGCCACCUCUAAAUAAUUUUAAAGUGGGAAUGAAACUUGAAGCUGUAGACAGAAAGAACCCUUAUCUGAUCUGCCCUGCAACUAUUGGAAAUGUUAAAGGAGAUGAAGUUUAUAUCACAUUUGAUGGCUGGAGCGGAGCUUUCGAUUAUUGGUGCAAGUAUGAUUGUCGAGAUAUUUUCCCAGUUGGGUGGUGUAACCUGACAGGAGAUAUAUUACAACCACUAGGAAGUAAUGUUUUUGUUACAAGGAAUACUGCAAAAACACAGCCGCCUCCUUCCAAGGCAGCUCAGCGCUCAAUGCAGUCUCCACAGAAUAGUGCUAUAAUAUUAACACAUCAGACUAAGAAAUCAGGUCGGCCUAAACCACCUGGAUGUCCUUCAGUCCCCAAGAAGGGAAGUUCUGUUAAAAAUACCACAAAAAAGAAAAAAGGCCCACACUCAGGAAGAAAGGAAAAAUGUAUUCCUGUCAUUUGCUCCACAUCUUCAACUUCUCUAAACGCACUGGCCAGAGAACGUGGUAACGUUUCAUAUGAUAAGGAUGCUGUCCCUGGGUCAUCUAAAAUAGUGAUGUCUACAGUCUGUGUGUAUAUAAACAAACAUGGAAACUGUGGCCCUCACCUGGAUCAGAAGAAAAUCCAGCAGCUGCCAGACCACUUUGGCCCAGGCCCUGUCAAUGUGGUGCUCCGGCGGACGGUGCAGGCCUGUGUGGAUUGUGCCAUUCAAAGUAAGACUGUUUUUGGAUUCCUUAAGCCAGAUCAUCGUGGAGGAGAAGUGAUAACCGCUGCUUUUGAUGGGGAAGUUCAUUCCAUCCAGCUGCCUCCAGUUAACAGUGCAUCAUUUGUUCUUCGCUUUCUUGAGAACUUGUGCCACAGCCUGCAGUGUGAUAACCUUUUGAGUAGCCAGCCUUUUAGCUCUUAUAGAGGUAAUACUCAUAGUCCUGAAGAAAAUGAUCAAAAUAAACCAGUAGAAGAAGAUAUAACAGAAAAGAAAAUCACCAAACGACCAUCUGAGCAACCUCUGCCUUAUGUUGCUCCUCUCUCUCCUAAGCAACCCAAAAUAAUAGUGCCUGCCUCUAAAGAGGAAGUAUUACCUUCUGAGGAAGAUGGCAUGGCCAAAGAGGAAAAGCUUUCUGAAGAGUCCAAGAAGUCACCACCUAGUUCAACAAAUUCUUUGAGUCCUGCCAGAAAAAAUCCUAUAAGCACUCAUACUCCAGUCUCCAUGAAUGAUUCUCAAAGUAUGCCAUGCACCUCAAGCCCCAAAGUGGUGGAGACCAAAUCAUCUAUCAAGAGUAGUCAGCUUGAAGUUGAAUUUGAAAUGCAGAGGGAAAUUGAAGCUCCAAGUUAUAUAGCUGUACCUGACCCCAGUGUCCUGAAGCAAGGCUUCUCUAAGGACCCUGCAACCUGGUCUGUGGAUGAAGUGAUACAGUUUAUGAAACAUAAAGAUCCUCAGAAUUCAGGCCCCCUUGCUGAACUCUUCAGGCAACAUGAAAUUGAUGGGAAGGCUCUGCUACUACUCAAAAGUGAUGUGAUUAUGAAGUAUAUGGGGCUGAAACUGGGGCCAGCCUUAAAGUUAUGUUAUUAUAUUGAAAAACUUAAAGAAGGAAAAUAUAAUUGA